UCAACAACCACAAGUUUACAGUUAUCUAAAAUGGGUGAAAAUGUAAAUGGUAGAUGCAGAAGAAAUUCAAAUGUAUCGUUAGCAUAUCUGGAGUUGAAAUUUCGAGAUAAUACCAUUAUAUCAUUGAAUAGGAAUCGGAGAUUGAUUAUUACUCUGCGUUGUCAGACAGGAAACCUUGAUGUAUUAAGACAGUACCUGCCUUGCCCUAAUUUACCAGGAGUGAAUGAAUAUAUAGAAGAAUAUGUAGGGAACUACAGAGGCCAACUCUUUCGAGUAGAAGACCCGGAUGUAUUUAGAGGGUGUCUACCUUGUCCUAACUUACCGGGAAUUAAUGAAUAUGAUAUAGAGGAAUAUGCACGAGGGAAUAACAGAAAUCAAAUAAUCCAGGCAGGAGCAUCGGGUCAAACGCAAAUACUAUUUUGAAACAGGAAGAAUCGAUUCGAAAGUACAUCAGAUAAAAAAUGCUUAUCUUCCGAAUAACUUUAUCAGGC